GACCACUUUAAAAAUUUGUCUUUAUAUAAACAUCUCCAGAAUUCUUGACUGUCUCAACACCAUCAACAACAUAAUCAAGAAAUUAAUAUUCACAAUCAGGCAAUGGUUCGAGAAGUAAUUAGGAAAAAGCUUUACGAUGCAGCAACACAAGGUGAUGCAACAACGUUUCAACAACUACUCCAAGAAGAUCCAUAUCUUCUCGAUGUAGUUUCAUUUCCCGAUUCAAGAAAUCUCCUCCACAUAGCAACAAGAAGCGGACAGGCAGCCAUUGUCGAGGAGAUAUUAAGGAUCAACCAACAUCUAGCCUGGAGUUUGGACUCCCAAAAGUCGUCGUCUCUUCACAUCGCAGCAGCAAAAGGGACAGUCGAAAUCGCCUCAAAAUUGCUAGCAAUCGCCCCUCAGACGUGCUGGCUGCGCGACUGCCACGGCAUGAAUCCAGUUCAUAUUGCCGCCAUGAAUGGGCAUGUUGAGAUCUUGGAAGAGUUCAUUCGACACGACCGUUUGCCUGCAACGGAGAAGAUCGAUCACAGACAGACCGUCUUGCAUUUGUGCGUGAAACAUGGUCAGCUUAGGGUAUUGCAGGUUUUAGUGAACCAUUUUCGUGAGCUUGUCCAUUUGCAGGAUGAUUAUGGAGAAACAGUAUUGCAUUUGGCUGUUAGGUACAAACAAGUUGAGAUUGUUCGGUAUUUGGUAGAAAACACUGGAGUAGAAUAUCAAUGUUCAAGGAAUUCCAAUCGAGAAACAGCUUUGGACAUCUCCCUCCAGAGCCCCCAAGACACAAUUCAAUCUGAGAUAACAAAAAUCCUCGAAAACAUAACGACAAUAAAAUUUUCAAAUACCUGUUUGAACAAGGUGCCGAUUGAGGUGGUGUUGGGGAUUCUGGCCCUGAUCGCCGGCAUGACGUUCCAGGCGGCGAUCAACCCUCGCGGGGGCGUGUGGCAGGACGACUCGGCAACACACAAAGCCGGCACACCGAUCCUGGCGUCUACCGAUCCCGAGAAGUACAAAGAAUUCGUAGAUGCUAAGGGCAUGUUUGAUAUAGGUCAAUACAUUGUAUUAGCAUAUUUAUCCAUCGUUAUGUCUCAGUUUGGUAUUCUAAUCCAUUUUGCGGACGGCCCGAUGUCUGAUCGGGAACAUCCGCGGGAGUCCGAUAUCUUGUUCUUGCUAUUGCAAGAAAUAAUGCGUCAACAUGUGGUGCAGCUAGCUCUAGUUAUUGCCUAUUUUGUUAGGACUAACUCAAGAAAAAGAAAACGUGGGUUAGGGACCAAAAAAUAUGAGAUCAUAGGUAGAAUUCCAGACCAAGAAAAACAUUUAAAUAGAUUGAUAAGUAAUAAUGACAUCGACUGCAUCGCGAACUUGAGAAUGGAUCGUAACACCUUCGGGCGGUUGUGUCGCAUAUUGCGGGAAUUGGGAGGUUUAGUAGAUGGUCGGUUCGUGACUGUGGAGGAACAAGUGGCUAUGUUUUUGUCUGUGUUAGCUCAUCAUAAAAAAAAUAGGAUUGUACGAUUUGAUUUUUGGCGUUCCGGGCAAACGAUAUCGUAUUAUGUACAUGCGGUAUUAGGAGCAAUAUUGAAGAUACACGGAAUUUUUUUAUCCAAACCAGAACCUGUAAACGAUGACAGUACAGAUCCCCGUUGGCGGUGGUUUAAGGGUUGUCUAGGGGCCUUAGAUGGGACAUAUAUUAAUGUGAUGGUGAGCAACAACGACAAAGCACGAUAUAGGACAAGGAAAGGGCAGAUAUCAACCAAUGUGUUAGGUGUAUGUGACAGAAACUUGAGAUUUGUUUACAUUCUUUCCGGGUGGGAAGGUUCCGCAGCAGAUUCUAGAAUCCUAAGAGAUGCCAUUAAUAGACCACAUGGUCUAAAAGUGCCAAAGGGUAAUACUACAACUAUAACUACUUAUUCUUUAAAUUUGAAUUUAGUUCAUAUAUAUAUAGCUAUUUCAUCAAAUGAAGCUUAAAUAUUUCUUAUGUUGUGGUUUGUUGGGGCUUCAUUAGGCAAUUACUAUUUGUGUGACAA